GAACUAGGCAUAGGUUUCUCUUCAAUGCUGCUCGCUGCCACUCGGUUUGAUGGUCACUCGCUCUUGGGUUUGGAGGAUUCUAGCUAUGGAGCUUCGAUUCGUCACAGAAAGGCGCGGGGGAUUAGAAUUGUGGCCGCUUGCACGCCUCCUUACAAAGUUCUUAUCACUGGCGCUAGCAAAGGGAUUGGAAUGGCGCUGGCGGAGGAGUUUCUUAGAUCCGGAGACAAUGUGAUGAUCUGCUCGAGACGAGAGGAACACGUAAAUGCGGCUCUACAAAGCUUGAGCAGCGAAUUUGGCAGCCAGCGCUCUUGGGGAAAAGCGUGCGAUGUGAGGGACCCCAAGAGCAUCCGGGAGAUGGUAGAGUUUGCGAGGGACACGUUUGGAAAAGUCGACAUUUGGAUCAACAACGCUGGCUCCAAUGGCUACACGUAUAAGCCACUCGUUGAAACCAGCGACGAGGUGAUCAUGGAGAUCGUCGAGACGAAUCUGAUCGGUGUCAUGCUGUGCUGCCGAGAGGCAAUCAAGCUGAUGAGAGACCAAGGAUCGGAGGGACAUAUUUUCAACAUGGAUGGUGCUGGUGCUGAUGGACGUCCCACGCCAAGAUUUGCAGCAUACGGAGCAACCAAACGCAGCAUCACGCAAUUCACAAAGACUUUACAGGCAGAACUCUCCAUGCAAGGCGUGAAGAACGUCUUCGUGCACAAUCUCUCGCCAGGCAUGGUGACAACCGAUCUCCUAAUGUCGGGAACUGACACAAAACAGGUUUUUGGGUUCUUCCCUCUUUUCUUCCAAAGAUUUUUCUAUGCUUUUGUCUCGCAGGCCAAAUUCUUUAUCAACGCGCUGGCAGAACCUCCCGCAGUGGCUGCCGCGUUCUUAGUUCCUCGAAUCCGGAGCGUCGUCGCCGAGAAGAAUCCAAAGAGCACGUACAUUCGAUUUCUCACGGGCGUCAAGGCCUACUCUCAAAUUCUCAAAAGGAUUCUCUUCAAAUCAAGGAAAGAUCGCUUCGUCCGGGAAGAAGACUAGCGAAGAUUCCAUUUUCAAAAGUGGAAUAUCCUGGCGCGCUUUUCCAGCCGUCCGACCGGGCCACGUGUCGGCAUUUUGACCGGCGACGUGCCGGAGCUCGGUGCUUCGUUUUCUAGGGCUCUUGCAGCGCGCGGGGGAAAUGGAGGCUUUUUGGAUUCUUGCUGUGGGAAAUCCAAACCAAGAUCGCGCGCUUUCGUGA